GUUGCAGCUUUUCAACUCUGAAUUGCUGAAGUUGACAAACGAGCACUUGUGAUUGGCUAGUUUCAGUUGAAGAAGCCGUGAAGAGAAGCAACAAGAAGAACAUGGUGAACGCGUCUCCGCUGCCCGGAGACGAUCGAGGAGGUUCACCCACCUCGUGCAUGCGCAGCUACUCGCUCUCUAGCUACUUCAGCUUCCACGACGCAUCAGAUCCGCUGGACGUCGGCUCGUCAGCACGCGCGCACGUCGCAGGAUUCCGUCAGCAGCAUCUUCACGCGCCCCUAUCUGAAGCAGGCAGGGGUGCUGAAGUACCGCUUCUCAUCGACCAGCGACUGAUCGACCUCCUGGGCGACCCGCUGUCGGACACGGAUCGCGUCAGUGUCCAACAAAUGCCGCUGCGUCCCUGUGUCACUGGGGAGAUGGUGGCUGUGCAGGACAGUGACGGCGUGUUGCGCUAUGGCAAAGUGCGCGACGAGGAGCCCAUUGGCGGAGAAGUCAAAGUGCAAGUGUCCAAAACCUGCAUUAGGUGGUAUGCAAUGUCGCAGAUCUACUUCUUCCAGGCAGUUUGCAAGAGCGGUAAGAAUGUCAGCGUGUGGGCGGACAAGGAAGAAGGCUCCACGAUCGGAGUGAUUGCGGAAGUGAAUGAACUGCUGGCGCGAAUGAAUGUAGCGUUGAGCUCGAGCUACGAGGAGCUGUUGGCCGAGAUUUUCAGACUACAGCAUCGCACGACGCUGGCGGAGGAAGAUCGACAAGGGGCAAUGAAACAGGUCGAGCAGGCGCUGAGAGAGAAGAGAGACGCUGAGAAGGCCCUCGUUUGUGUUGUCUGUCUUGUAAACUCGGUAAACCGCGUGUUGAUCCCGUGCGGACACAGCUACUGUUCCACGUGUGUAGAUCGACUCCGCCACCAAGCCUCGUGCCCCGUGUGUCGUCAGGAGAUUGCGGAUAGCGCGGCCUUUAGAAUCUCAUGAUUGAAUGUAGGUUUCUAGGUUCAUGGAUUUGUAGCCAUUGUAGUGGAUUUUGUUCCAGUUGCCCCAUCAGCUAUCCAUCAUUCUUCAAUUUGUCUCCUGUGAAGCACAUCGACAUGACUAGGGACAAGGACGAGAUCGCGCUGUGGCGUGCUGCCAAGAGCUGCAACGCCAAGAAGCUCCAGCAGUUUGUGAGUAAGGAGUCCGAUGGAGACAUCCAAGCUCUGCUGGAUCAGCCGCAUCCAGUUAAGGGCACGACUCCAUUGAUGGUCGCCGCUUCCAAGAAGUAUGGAACGGAGACUGUUCGCGCCUUAAUUGACUUAGGCGCCGAUCUGGACGCCACCGAUAAAGGCAAACACCAGAACACUGCUCUUCAUUAUGCGGCAUAUAAGAACCGUAUCGCCCAGUUGGAGCUGCUGCUAGAGGCAGGGGCUGAUCUGUUUGCUCUAAACGGAAAGGGUCACACUGCACUGGAUGUGGCAAGACUCCGUGGACGAAAGAAGGCGGCCGCAGUUCUCACCUCUCGCCUACAAAUACACAGUGGGUGGCUGUAUCUGCGCUCCAAGUCGAUGCUGGGGUUCUGGAAGCGCCGUUGGUGUGUACUGCUGGCGUGCAACUCGAAACGCACAGCAACUGAGCUCUGCAUCUUCCACGGACCGGACAAAGCGCACCCAGAAGCUAUAAUCUGGCAAGACAGUCCGGCUGAUUCCACGCACUGCUCGCCGUUUGAGGACGGGAAGGCGAACAGCUUCAAACUGGACACGCGUGUCAUUUACCAGAAACUUUUCGCUCGACACUACAGUCGGUACAAAUCCUCGGGCCGAACGCACGUCCACAAGGCAAGCAUGCAACCUCGCGAGUAUGUCUUCGCUUGUGACACUGAAACAGGUCGAGAUGCCUGGAUACGUGCACUGGGGAGUCGACAGCGUGGAGGUGAUUGCACGAACACAACCGUCAGCUCCACUUACGUGGGUUCACCUCACAGAGGGAGUGUCAGCUCUCGUGCUGCUACAGCUGACACUGCACCAGUAGAAGAUUCCAGCAGCUCUGAAACAUCCAUCCAAGCAGACAAGUUGGGGUCAUUGGCAACCCCUGAACCAGCUCAACCCAUGACUCGGGCAACAGCACCAACGUUCGUCGAAGACGACGACGGCUAUAUCUGGGGCGAUGUACCUGGGUCUCGAUCCACAUCCACAUCAGAAAUAUUUCCAUUAGCGACGGUGGUCACUAUCACUGGAGACCCAAAUGCGCCACAGCAAUUGAUACGAGACCGAUGUAUCGUCUGUGCGGAGAACCAUCGAGACUCAGUCUGUAUCCCGUGCGGCCACGUUGCAGGCUGCUACGACUGCAUGCGAGCCGUAACGCAGGAAAACUCGUCGUGUCCAGUAUGCCGCGCUCAUGUGGAUGGCGUCGUUAGGAUCCAGGAUUGAGCACCGAUACAUAUUUUUCGUUUAGUGUAAGUUUUCAUUUGAAUAUUCAGAACGGCGUUCGAUAAGUUCGCUUCGAAGUGUCUUCUGAUUUUCGGUGCAUACUUGCACCAUCGCAACAAUGGGUUCAUCUGCUACUUG